AAGCACAUUUUUCGGAACCAUCAUUCGUGUUUUUCAUUAGCAGAAGAAAGGUCUUUGCGCCGCACGUAAAUUUCUCUUAGUUCGACAACCGUUAAAAAACAAAAAGAAGACAAAAUGUUCACAUCAGCUGCCCGUGUUGCCCCACUUGCACGCAAUGUCGUUGUCAACGGAACCAAGGCUUACUUGCGGCCCUUGAGCAGUGCUGUUAUCAGCCAAAGCCAGACAUUAGCUGCCCAAAACACAUCAUCUGUAGCUCUAUUGCCACAAGUCAGAUGUUUCCAAACAUCCCCCGUUACACGUGAUAUCGAUUCUGCAGCUAAAUUCAUCGGUGCAGGCGCUGCCACAGUCGGUGUUGCUGGAUCCGGUGCUGGUAUCGGAACAGUAUUCGGCUCCCUCAUCAUCGGUUAUGCCCGAAACCCAUCACUUAAACAACAAUUGUUCUCAUAUGCCAUCUUGGGUUUCGCCUUGUCUGAAGCUAUGGGACUUUUCUGUCUUAUGAUGGCCUUCUUGUUGCUAUUCGCUUUCUAAGAAGUGUUCAUCGUUGUCGCGAGUCAGUGUGUUACAAUUCUGCUAAGGAAUAAAUUUAUAAAAUUAAUUAAAAAUACAAAAAAAAAAAAUAUACACAGUUAAAUUCAGUUACAAAUUUACCCACAAAAUUUCAAAAAAAAAACAAGUCGUCGUCUUAAAAAAAAAUUAAGUUUAAUCCAGUCAGUCUAUAAAAAGCGAACGUGAGAGAGAGAAUGUGUUUCCCUUUCGACCUUUCCUUUUUAUAACACAAAAAUUCUACUUACCUUCUAAGAUAAUGACAACAGCAACAACAAAAACGUGCAAUCAACCAACAACCAACCGGAUUGCCAGACGAAUCGAUUGUGAAUCCUUAUUAUUUUUUAACUUUUUUUUUAUUAAAAAAAUCACAAACUUUGUUAAAUUGUUAGAAUUUCAAAAUUAAACGAACGAUUCGACGAACAUCUCUAACUUUCACCCAUGAAAUCGAAUGAAUUACAACAGAAUUCCAGUAAAUCUUUCAUUUCAUAUUGAAAUAAUAAAAAAAAAAAUAAUUUAAACCGUACAGAACUAGAGAACAACAAAAGGGCGCAAAAAUAUUGAAAAUUCAUAGAUUUUUACUCAAAAGAAAAAAAGAUUGCUCAUUAAAAAUUCUUUUGUGGGGAUUUCGGUUCAACACGGGGAAACAUUUUGCUGAGCGAUUUAUCAAGUGACGUUCUAUUUUUUGUAGUUUGGGAGGACUUGGGAAGUAGCGUCGCUUGUUUUUCGCCAAACAGGAAAUCACCAA